CUCUGUGUUUACAACCAGCUGACAUCCGGCGUCUUCCCGUCCAUUAGCCACCGAUACCACAGUCAACGAUAUCCAUCUACACUCGAUAUUUUCCUCCUGAAAAGCGCUCCCCGCUGAUUCGUCAACCCAACUGAAUGCAAAAUUCCAUCAAAGUCAUCAGAUGCAGGGCUCAGGCCCCGUCUCCAGCAGCUGAAGCACACCAGCCCUUGCCUCUCUGAUCCACGUCCACGGCCUUCCUCCACACUGAGCCAUGACCACCCAGAGGGAUCUUGAUAUGGUGCACCUCCGCCUUAUCCUGGUCAGUGGGAAGACGCAAGACUUCACUUUCUCCCCAAAUGACUCGGCUACAGACAUCGCCAAGCAUGUAUUUGAGAACUGGCCUGCAGGAUGGGAGGAGGAGAGGGUGAGCAGUCCCAGUAUACUGCGCCUCAUUUUCCAGGGACGCUUCCUUCAUGGCAACGUUACCCUGGGGGCUCUGAAGCUGCCACCAGGCCGAACAACCGUCAUGCACUUGGUUGCCAGAGAGACUCUUCCAGAGCCCAACUCUCAUGGUCAAAGGAACAGAGAAAAAACCACAGAGAGCAACUGCUGUCUCCUCUUGUAAAGCAACAGAAACAACCCCCUACCCCACCACACAGAACCACACACACAUACUCACACACACACACACACACACACACACACACACACACAUACACAUAUAAACAUACAUACACCCUGUUCUCUCCUGCCUGUCAUCCUGUCAGCUGUGGAUUUGGAAUAAAUCACAGGAAGUCUGGUUGGGGUUGUUGCCCGCUUUGGUUGAACGCUUGUCCAAUCUGAGGCUUUUUUUUUUGUGCCAAUAUAUUCACUUUUUGCCCCCCCAACCUUUUACUGUGUCGGCAGAAUUUGCUGUUGUUAUUCCUUUUUAUUUGAAGAUCAUGACAUGAACGAUACCCCACGCUCCCUCACGGACCCAUUCGCUGCUGGACACGUUUUAAAGAGCUGUCAUAUGUAUUGGAAAAAGACCCGGGAAGUCUUCGCUCUUCAUGGACACUCAGUUGCUAUAAGGAUGUGUGGUCUGUUACCCCUCCCUAUUAGUCACAUGGAUGUUUCCCCAGGUCUUACUGAAUGGUGUUAAUCCUCUCAUUGCACUUAACCAGUUUGUUAAUUCAGAAAUGUUUAUCGUGUUUUAUCAUCUUUUCCCACAAUGGCUUUUUUUUUAUUGGUCAGAGGAACAGACCUUAAUUCCCCAUGUGGUAGAAAAUGUGCCAUCUUCCUCAUGAGACUGUUUCUCACUAACUGAACCGGUCGGUCUGUAUCAGCACCAGUGGCAUCUGUGCCAUUACCUUACACCUGCUUGUUCCUGGAAAUGGACCAACGGAGAAAAGACUUAUUAUUUGGAAGAGUAAUCACCUGAGGGGACAUACAGGUCCACGAGAAACGGGAUCAGACUCAAGGCUUGUGAAAGAUGGAGUCUGACGAUUUGGCGGGUUGCUUGUGUGCCAUCAGGUGUCGUGUUCGCACCUCUGGCUUUGACUUUAUUGACUAGGCUGUCAAUGCUCCCUUGCAGUGGGAGCCAUCACGGCGGGCCAGUUAAACGCAGACAGAAGAAGCAGUUGAAGAUGGGAGGGAGGAGUGUCGUCGGUGCAAGCCCCACCUCUACUGGACACUGAGAACGAGGCACGGGAAGAGUUUCUCCCGCUUGGAUAAAGAGAGUUAAAAGGAAAUUUUUUGGCGGUGCUUCACCUCCUUUUCAUUUGGAUGCUGUCUUUACUUCUUGUUUGCCUUUUAUCGUGGAAUUCAGUAAUAUCAUUAAUAUUGAAAUUUAAAUAUAUCGAUUUUUAUCUUGUGUAUAGGUAUUUGUUCAAUUUUAGUGUGGGUGAGUUUGUGUAUGAGUGUGUCUGAGGGUGUGUGAUGCACAUGGCAUACUGUAUGAGGACUAGUGAGGGCAUGUGGUCUUAAAAAAAAGGGUGGUGCACUGGGAGUGUUGAUGGGCUGCAGUUUCUUCAGAAACAGUCGGAAACCUUUUGAUUCCUUCCAUUCAGUGUCCUUUGGUUUGUGUUUUUGUCAAUCAAUGUCACUGCUAUGAAGUUUAGCUCAGUAUGAAUAAAUGUAAAAACUAAAAUGCAAUGUGGUCUACAUAAAAGCUUGUAUUAUAAAUUAAUAAAUCUUUAAAUAAGGCAA